AUGGACAUGAUGACAACUUCAAUGGGUUCGGCCAUGGUAACAAAAACACCAGGUAUCCCAAUACCCAGCUCCGCCACUGGGGCACCUGAAAUGAGCAUGCCAGGUAUGCCCGGUAUGGACAUGGGUAGCUCGGUGAAUUGCAAAUCUUCAAUGUUCUGGAACUGGUAUACCCUCGACGCGUGCUUCCUAUCGACGACAUGGCACAUAACCUCAAGAGGCAUGUUUGUCGGCUCAUGCAUCUGCGUCAUCGGCCUUGUGCUUCUUCUCGAAUUCUCGCGCCGCUUGCAGCGCGAAUACGACCGGCUGAUCCAGCAACACGCCACGUAUGACUACGAGGCAGGUCGUGCUUUCAAUACCUCCAAGUCCGACAGGAAGGGUAGUGCCGACAGCAAUGACAUCAGCAACAUGGAAGAUCCUCCUCAUUCGGCUGUUCCUUUACUGGGGGAAUGGGAAAGAUCUUUACCGCUGAGAGCACCUGGUCAUGUCCCAAGCGUGCUCCAGCAAGCCAUUCGCGCGGGCAUCUACACGCUGCAGUUUUCCGUUGCGUACUUGAUCAUGCUCUUGGCCAUGUAUUACAACGGAUACAUACUCGUCUGCGUUUUCAUAGGAGCAUUUAUUGGCUUUUUCAUCUUCUCCUGGGAUGCAUCGGGCGCUGCAAGCAUGUAA